UCCCAGCUUCCGGUGUAAACGGAAAGCAGCAGAAGAGAGCAGUACUGCCUUGUAACGUCAAGUGUGCCAAGUGAGCAGGACGCUAAUAAGUCAGUCUUAUUAUUUGUUAUCCAGUUUAUAAUAUUUACGGCGCAUAAAAUACAUCUUUGAUUCAUUAUUUAAGGAUAAAGUGGUCUCGAUGCACUAGAAGCACUGUGCCGCUUCUCGUGCUAUCUUUGCUUGUUAGUUAGCUUAGCUGGCUAGUUAGCUUAGCUUGUUAGCUGCUAACAGAAGACACAGAAGUUAUCAACACAUCGCUAAGUAGAGAUCAAGUGUGAGAGUAAAGUGUUGUGAUUGUGUGAAAAUGUGCGAAAGAAGGAUAGCAAAGUAUGAGGAGGAACUUUGUCCAACAAAAGAGGAGAAGGAGCGACAACAUCAACUACUGGACGUUUAUUAUAAGAAACAUCAUCAAGUUGUGUUACACAGAACAGAUGUCUGUGAAGAACAAGUUCUGCCUGAAAAACAGGAGAGUAGCUUCAGGAUGGUGAAGGAGGAUCCAUCGAAGAGGAAGACCAGGCUCCACGGACCCUCUGGCGUCUCCUUUUCCUCUUUGACACAGACCCUUCCCUGUAAAAAGGAAGAGGAAGACUCACUGACGCCCCACAUUAAAGAGGAAGAGGAGGAACACAACAUCAGUCCAGAGGGAGAUCAUCUUGAAGGACUGGAGGAGUUCCCAGUGACUGGUGUCCCUGUGAAGAGUGAAGAUGAUGAGGUGAAAGGUGAAAGUGAGGAGAGGGGAGGGGGGGAGCCUCCAAGCAGCAGCUCAACACAACACAUGACAACAGAAGCUGAUGGAGACCACUGUGGAGGAUCACAAGCAGACAAGCUCUUAGCUCCACUAUCAGAUAGUGAGGACACAACGUCACACUCUCCUGACACUGAUGAUGAAGACUCUAAAGAUGAUAAGACAUGUCACACUGACAACACUCACUUCACAUGUUCUACCUGUCACAAAACCUUUAAAUACCGUCGUAAUCUGAAAAGACACAUGAGAAUACACACUGGAGAAAAACCUUAUGUCUGUUCAAUCUGUGGUAAAGGUUUUGUUGAAAAGCAGAGUUUGAAAAAACACACAAUAUUACACACUGGUGAAAACCCUUUUUCCUGUUCAAUCUGUGGUAAAGGUUUUGUCGAAACUCACAAAUUGAAAGAACACAUGAGAACACACACCGGUGAAAAACCUUUUUCUUGUUCAAUCUGUGGCUUAUCUUUUUCAAGGAAGCAACAUUUGAAAGUACACAUGAGAACGCACACUGGCAAAAAACAUUUUUCCUGUUCAGUCUGUGGUAAGGGUUUUACAAAUGGUCACAAUUUGAAAGUACACAUGACAACGCACACUGGAGAAAAAUCUUUUAUCUGUUCAAUCUGUAGUUGAGGUUUUGUUCUAAGUAAGUAUUUGAAAGUACACAUGAGAAUGCACAGUGGAGAAAAACCUUUUUCUUGUUCAAUCUGUAGCUUAUCUUUUUCAAGGAAGGAACAUUUGAAAGUACACAUGAGAACACACACUGGCAAAAAACCUUUUUCCUGUUCAACUUGUGGUAAAGGUUUUACACAAAGUCAGAAUUUUAAAAUACACAAGAGAACACACAUUGGAGAAAAACCUUUUUCUUGUUCAAUCUGCGGUAAAGGUUUUACACAAAGUCAGAGUUUGAAAGAACACAUGAAAAUACACAGUGUAGAAAAACCUUUUUCUUGUUCAAUUUGUUGUAAAGAUUUUUUAAAUCGACAGUCUGUGAAAGUACACAAGAGAACACACACUGGUGAAAAGCCUUUUCCUGUUCAACCUGUGGUAAAGGUUUCACACAAAGUCAGGAUGUGAAAAAAACAAGAGAACACACACUGGCGAAAAAUCACAUUCCUGUUCAAUCUGCAACAGAAGCUUUUGUUGACGAUCAAAGCUUGUAGCACACAUGAGAAGACACCCAGGAGAGAAAGUGUUGAGUUGCAGUGUGUGUGGUGAAAGAUUGUCUUCUAAGUACCAGUGUAAGAAACACAAGUGUGCUGGUGAGAACAGCAGCAGCAAAUGAAACUGCAGGAUUUGAAAUAAACUGUCCAGACUUUUAUUUUGACUUUCUAACAACAUCAGCACAUCAAUCAAGUACAUGCAUUAAUGUACUUUUAUUAAAUAUUGAACAAAAUAAUUUGACCGAAAAUGUGAGUGUAAACAGUACAAGACAUAUUUUAUAUACAAAAAACAUUUUAUUUGUAUAUAUAUGCAUAAUACAAUUUUAGACUUAUUCAUAAUAGUUUUUUAUAGGCGUUUGAAAUAUUGAAGAAUUACAUAUUUGUAUUUGUAAUUGUUGAUAACCCCAUAGAUUAUCACCUUUAUAUGAUAUACAUAUGUACUGGUUCACAUCUGAAACAUCUUCUGGACCACUUCAGGAAGCAUAUUAUUAUUUACUUUAUACAUCAUUUGAACAGUUGUCUUUUAUACAAUUUUAAAAUGUGUGACUUUAUGAAUCAUUUGUUGGGUCUCUAUAAUCCAUUUUAUUAAUUAUCUUUUUUACUCUCUUUUGUAAUAUGAUGAUUGUGUUGUGAUUGUUUUAUAUGUAUGUCCCCAGACCUUUAUGUAAUAUAAACGUGAGAGAAAAUGGCAGAUUAUUUUUGUGAAGGGAUUUUUUUUUUUUACAAACUUACAUUUGUGGAAAUAUCAAAUAAAUCCAGUAUUGUGUUUGAAACA